AUGGCUGAACCGGAAGAAGAGACGGAGCGUAAGAGGGACAAGGUGGGAGAAUUCAUGAAGAAGAGCCUCAACAAGGGCGAGAUCGCUCUGAAGCAUGCUGUGGGUCUUGGGGGCCAGCCCAAUGUGGUCCCAGUGACGCAACCUGUUGUCCAUGGACCACCCCGGCCAGUUGAAGUUGGCUGGCAUCCAGUUGGCGGUUUUGCGGGGAAGUGGUUUGCAGAGGAGACUGGAUUGGGCAAAAUGAUUACAGAAAAGAUCAACAGAUAUCCGGAUCCGACGCAACACUGGGCAGUUUUGGUUGGUGACUAUGCUCAUCAGCUGUGGAUGGACGAGAAUUUUGAUGUCAUCUACACGAAUGCCAAGGUUGAUCGGGAUGAGUGGCGCACUUUUCCAGUCGGCGAAACGCGAUUUAAUGACGAUGCAUUGAGGAGAGCUGGUGAAUCUGUAAUCCAAAGUAUUAGAGAAAGGCAACCUACUUACAACCUCAUCACCAACAACUGUCAGACAUAUGUACUGCAGCUUCUCGAUGCUAUCAAGGUUGGUGUGAACAAAGAGUUUGGCACAACUUUGGCCGUCUACGAGAGGGUCUUUGGCCCAGGCAAGAUUAAAGACCUCUUCGAAGGUGAAGAAACGCCUGAAGGACAUCAGCAGCAGCAAAUAGAGCCAGGACCAGACGCAAAACCAGACGCAGGAUCAGAUGCAGGACCAGGAAGGUCAGACACAGUCAAUCUAGCGCAGAAUGUCAUGAACGAGAACACGACUCAACUCGACACAGGGAGGGAGAUGGAGAGACACGAAGAUGAAAAGAAGGAGAAAAAGAAGAAGGGUUUCUUUUCCCAACUUAAAGCAAGAUCGUGGUCUUCCAAAAGUCAAUAA